UGAAUCAAAAUGGCGGAUCGCAUGGGUAAAUAUGCUAUAAAGGUAUACGCUUUUGUUACGGAUUCUGGCGUCUUUGAACGUUCAAAUGGCUAGUUUUAUUUUGAUAUGUUCUUGGGCGCUUAGGCGAUGUACUAUACUAUAAUUACAUCACACGAUACGUUUUGAAAACGGUAGAAAAGGACUCCUCAAAUUGCUCGACGAGCCUAAAGUUUCAAAACAUCACGUUGGAAAAGUAUUAAAAGCACAACAGAGCUCGUUCCUGCCAAUCAGAUAAGAGUUUCAGGAUAUAAUACGACGCAGUGUGUAUUGAAGGAAAAAAUAAUCGGAUAAAAUUAUGAGUGAACAAGCAAGAUUAGAUUCCCAAAGUGCCGAGGUAUCUGCAGGUGACACUUCCGACGUUUUUCUCGACGAUCUCAUCCAAAAAGUGGUUCACGGUUUUGUAUCAAGCUUACAGAAUGAUUUACCAGACAUGUGGCAGUCUUUUAACGAAGUCCUGCAAAUAAUACAGCCUUAUUCAUCUCUUAUUGAGGAAAACGCUCAGUUGAUGCACUAUGUUGAACGUUCGUACCAGCACGUUUGUGAAAAACCAGAAUGUGGACUCGAUCUAGAUGCACUUUCUUUAGCAUUUCCACAACAAGUAUCCAAAAUACAAGCUAACUCAACUUUGGCAACGAAUAAAAAAGUCAAGUUUCCUGCUGUAACUACAGAUGUAGAAUCCGAAGCCAGUUUGCCAGACAAGAAAGUUCAGGAUAGAAAGGGUAUUAAUGUGCCAAAAGGAGCUGUCAUUCCCCCACCAGAUGAGGUAUAUGACAAUAAUGUUGCAAACAUAAAACAAUUUUUUCCAACAACGGAACUAAAUAUCAGUGAUCUACGAACAUCUCUUCCAUUUGUUGUCUAUGAGAUUGGUCUUCGUGAGGCCUCAUGGGGCCAGCCUUUAGGAAUCACAGCUACUGCUCUGAAUACUGACUUAGCGGAGAUGCUUCCAGGGGUUAUUAGUCCAAGAACCUCGGGGCAACAUUUGAGUGAAGACCAGUCAUCUACUAGUAAUAAGUCUGUUCAAGAUAAACAAGACACCAGAGAGGAAAAAGCUACGAAACGUCUGUUAACAGGGAGGGAGGUUGUAGAGCGAUUUGUGAAAGGCCAUUUUUUGGGAUCAACUAAGUUUGCUUACCUCAAUAGAGCAGAGAGCAAGCACUAUGAUCCAUACAACUUGAUUGUUGUUCAAAGAAAGAAGAUUAAACCUGAACAUUUUGUGGUGUCAUCCCAUGCGAUACUCCAUGUCAUACCCAACAGACCAUCCGAAUUAGUUCCACUCAGUCAAUGGUACAAAGAAGCACUUUUAUUCAAUGCAAUUCUUAAGUUCAGCUUCUUCAAGAACUUCUUGAUCGCUAAAAUGUUCUUAAGGUGGAGAUGUGUCAAGAAGCUCAGUCAGUUCAGAUCACUGUGUGACCAUAUAUCAAAAUCCAUGAUUACCUGCACACCGGGUUUUGGCUCAGCUUUACUUCGGAUAUACUCACUGGUGGUGGACCUUGAUCAAGUGCAAUUACUCCCUCUCAAUGACCAAAGAUGUAAGCCCCUUCAAGAAUUCAACACCACAACCAUCAAGUUAUUGGAUGAUGCCCAAGAAUGUCUCAACAUGUUUUAUACUUACUGUUUAUCAGUAAUUAACAAAACAAAAGACAAUUGUUUUGAAUAUCUGGAACAUUGUAAGGAGCAGUUGGAGAAGAAGCCUAAGAAUAAAAGAGGUCAAUCCAUCUCUGUUGCUAAGGAACAAAAAGCAAUUAAAUUACAGAAUUUGAAACUUGCACGCCAGGAAAUUUUUCAGCUGGAGAGGUUCAUUCAACUUGUUGAACAGAUUCUCAUCACAAAGUUACUCUCACUUGCAAGGCAAAAUGUUUGCACAUUUGUCACUGAUGUGUUGGACAAUGGAGUUAUCAAGGAUCAAGGCCUUUUUUAUGUCUCACUUAAGUUUGACAAGGCGGAUAAACUCGUUCUUAAUCCUGACCAUGUUAUGCUGCAAGGGUCUCUAUAUUUCGCUUUGGAAAGUGUUUUAAGGAUUCUUUGUCAAACGUCUGAUGCUUUGCAAGCUGGUUUUAUGAAUGAACAUGACCAGAAUGUGGAAAGGGAAGACUCUCCAGCUACUACAAGCAGUGAAAGAAGUGAUUCGAGGCCAACACAAUCGCAAUCACCCAACAUGUUACAGAAUUUCCUCAUAGGACAAUCCCCAGUUAUGCCUACAACAAUCACCAGCUUGCCUAGACUAAGCAUAUACGAUCGAACAGCGCACAACACACCUGUAGACCGCGUUCGUUGCACUUCCGAAUCCACACAGUUACAAGAUGGAAGACACGAGAAAACAACAAAUCUGAAGUCAUUGUUGGAGGAAUCACUCGUGGAAGAGGCGCGCCUAUCGCCGGAAAUGAUCGAAGAGGAGCGGCCUGACUCUGCAGAACGGUGCGUGGAGCCAACUAGAAGACUACUAGUGGAAGGAAAAUCAAUGCCACUUCAACUAAGAACACUGACAAGUCCUUUGUCCAAAAAGAAGCUUGAAGGAGUUGUUUUUCAAGACGCGGACAUUGUGCAGGCUAUCCGUAGGGAAGAGGAAAUAGUGAACGAUGCCAUUGCGGAAGUCACAAAUUUUUGCAGCAGACACGAGUGGGUAGUGGAUGUACACCGGUUUGUUCGGACUUGGAACAAUACCGUUCUGGCUUCUUGGCGUGGACGACCCACUGAAACAAUUGAAAAACAAUUGUCACAGAUAAAGACCUGGAUUGAGGAUAUGCGCAAGUUCACUUUAUCUUUUUGCACGACAAAUGGUUUGCUUUUCGUCGACUGUAGCGGAAUACGCGACCGCAUUAUUCCAAAACUUGAUGCAAUCUUUAGACAGUUCACCAAAAUGGUAGCUAAGGAUCUUUUGCAGCUAUGCAAAGAUUUUAACAACGAACUGGCUUCACUAAUACAGCAACUGUCAUACAAAAGCAAUGAUUUGAGAGCUUUUGCGGAUUUUAUGGCCCUCCAGAAAACAACAAAGGAGAAAGUACCAGCAUUGCACGUAAAAGUAGAUUAUAUCAAGAGUUUAUUUGAGAUGAUACGAUCCAGUCAGCGACAACUGACACGUGAAGAGGAAGAAGCAGAGGAAAAGACAUGGUCUUCGUGGGAGAAUUUUCUACUCUGUCUUCAAGAGUCAUCAGACUAUCUUAUCGUGAAGAUGCCUCAGAUCUUAGGAGAUGUGGAAGAAACAAUCAUGUCGUUGGAGCACCAGGCUCGAGUAAUCGGUGAGAAGGCCACCAGAGGAGAAUAUUUAAUUCCUGAAAAUAAUCCAACACUAAUUUUGACUCAAUUACGAGAGCUUCGGCAAAGGUUUAUGUCACUUCUGAACAAAUGUGAUGAACUGAUUGAGUGCAGGGAGGUGAUUUGUGGCAGAAAGUACAACAAGUCAGUCCUAUUGGAGUUAUUGAAAAAAUUAGAUGUGCGGUAUGAGCUGUGGAAAUAUUACGAUGUGUCUGGACACACUAUCCGAGAUUGGUUGCAGAUCUCAUUUCGAAAGAUGAAUAUCAAAAGGGUUAUGGAAAAGGUGUCAGAGUGGCAACAGGCUGCGGUAAAUAUCAAAACUUCUUUGCCCCAUGAUGACGAGGUAUAUAAAUCAUGGGUAUAUCAAAUGGAGUCAUUCAUGAAGGAUUUUCCACUUCUGCAACUGCUGUUCAACGAUGCACUAAAGCCUCGUCAUUGGAAAGCUCUUUUUGUUGGAAUGGGUCAGCAAUAUGAUCCAACAUGGCAGUUUACUAUUGCCGAUCUUUAUUCUUUCAAACUUGGCCUGCAUAAAGAGCUCAUCAACUCCAUAUGCAAUGGUGCAGUGAAAGAAUACGCGCUCGAAUUGAACCUACGUUCCGUUGCCAAGAAAUGGACGGAGAAAGAUUUCAAGCUGGCCAAACAUUUUUGUCGAACCCGGUCACCCGUUAGAAGUGAAACGACCAGUUCUACGGGAAGAAAUUCUAGUAGAAAGGGUAUGAAAUCAAGGCAGAAGCAAACAAGAUUAGUUGACAUGUACAUCCUGGCUGGCGACGACGAGCUAAAGUGUCUUAUCGAGGAUAAUCGAGUAACAUUACAGUUGAUGCUGAUUUCGCCUUACGUUGCUGAUCUGAAACCAACCGUUGAAGGAUGGAUGAAAAACUUAGAACAACUGGAGGAGAUAUUAGGCUUGUGGGUGGCCUGUCAAAAAAAGUGGCUGUAUCUUUCAAUGGUAUUUAACGAGGACGCAGGAGCGUAUGACAAAGUUGUGUUGGUUCGUUUUGAUGAAGUGGACAGGAGGUUCAAGGAGUUUAUGUACAGCGUUAGUCAAGAUUCGAAGGUACUUUCUGUUUUGGCAAAGAAAAGAGGACAGAAAGGGUAUCGUGAACUUCAAGGUGAAACAUUAAGAUCGAUGUUAUUCUCGUUGCUCAAAGAAGAGGAGGAGUUACUCAAGGCUUUAUCACACAAAAUGGAAAGUGUACGCGAAGACUUUCCCAGACUGUACUUCUUAAGUGACGACGAUGUGCUUGACGUGUUGGUCACCUCUAAUGAUCCACGAAAAUUAUUGCCUGUUGUAAGAAAAUGUUUUCCCGGCAUCCGCUCAGUCAAAUUCAGUUUUCCAGAUGAAGGGAUAAAAGCAAACACUGCACUCGAUGCUGCUUUAAAGCCUCAUCUUCUUCAAGCAACUGUUAUCGAAGGCGAGUACGGAGAACUUAUGACUCUUACUGAAGCAAUUCCAGCCGGGAUGAUCUCCCAGGCGUGGUUGAAAGUUCUAGAGAAAUCGAUGAAAGCGACUCUUAUGAUGAACUUCACAAAGUGUCUGGUAAAUACGCUGUCAAGGCGCAAAGACAAGACAGUCAUCAGCGAGUUUCUUGAGAAAGGUUUAGGCCGUCCUGAAAGGGUUGAGAAUGAGGUUGAAGGUGAAAGGGUGAAAGCUGUAGCAAAUGACAAAGAUGAAGAAAUUCCAUUUCUCCUGCGAUAUCCAUCUCAAUGUGUUCGCUGUGUUGAAGCUGUUAUUUGGUCAAAAAACGUGUCGAGUGCUCUUGCGUGCGAUGACAAGAAUGCUCUGAAAACUUUAAGUUUGUUAACUUCACGCCAAGUAGAGGAUUAUGGACAUGUUCUAAGUGUAAAAAAUUCCGAAAGUCUUGAAACGGUUCCACGUCUUCGUCCAGUUUUGCAAUCUUUACUGGUCCGUGCAGUUCAUCAGAGGGAUGUCAUAGAAAGACUCGUCGCAUGCAAUGCUGCAUGUUCGCAUUGUUUUGAGUGGCAAAGCUGUCUUCAACAUGAAGUUCCGUUAAACGAAGUUUAUCAUACAACAUAUUACUCUGGCCUAACCGGUUCAAGUCAUGUUGAGUCUACACAAGAUACGAUACCUCUGGAUAUGAAAUAUGAAUUUGGAGGUUACGACCUUGUCCUCCUUGGUUCAAAAUUUCCCUACGGUUUUGAAUACAUGAGUGAGCGUGCAUCGCUUAUUUUAUCUCCGUUGACCGAACGAUGUUUCAUGACGCUGAGUUUGGCUUUGCAACAAUACUCAUGCGGCACUCUCAUUGGCUUUAAUGGAUCAGGAAAGACUGAAACAAUUAAGGAACUAGGGAAGUUGAUGGGCCGACAUUUGGUGUUUUAUAACUGUUCUCGAUCCAUGGCAACCUCAGUAAUAACGAGAAUGUUGACUGGAAUGAUUCUUAGUGGUAGUUGGGUGUGUUUUAAAGACCCCCAUAAACUGUCCCAGCUAAUGUUGUCGAUACUGGGUGAUUAUCUGGGCUGUGUGAGACAGGCGUACCAUUGCUUGAUGGCGAACAAAAAUAAUCAGUACCAAGUUAGAGGUCAGAGCGACGAUUUAAGGAAGGAGGAAAAGGCGAAAUGUAAUAAACAAAGACGCAACAGUGUCGCAACCCUUGACCCCUUAACGUUGCAAGUCACUCGUUCAAAGACAUCCCACGAUGGAAGUCAUGAAAACUCAGUUAAGAAAUUCGCAAGCAUUUCUCGACGGUUUUCCAUAUGCGAAAGCCGAAAUCUCGAUAAGAGACGUUACUAUGGAGACACGCAACCACUGCCAGUUAUGAUUCCAGUCACCGACAUUGAUACCAACUUUGAACGUGACUUGAGUAAAGAAGAAGACAUGAUUCUGAUGAAAGAUCAGGAUGACCUCUCGCUAGGUCAUAUUGUAUUUAAUGGCGCUUUGCUGAAGACUCAUUCGAUGGCUGGAUGCUUUAUGGCGGUCACACCUGAUAAAGAUGGCUAUCUUAAUAUACCGGACAAUUUGAAGGCAUCCAUGCGAACUGUCUCUAUGCUCACGCCGAAUGCGAAUAAACUCCUUGAAGUGCUCCUGCUGUGUCAUGGAUUUAGUGAUGUUCAAAACCUGGCUGAAAAAAUCUUGUUCUUCAUUCAUGUUAUAAACGAGCUUCCGUCUGAGCAACAAAUUGGACCAAGCAUCUUGAAGGCUGCCAUCGUGAUGGCUGGAAAUAAACUGCAACGUGAUCACAAUCUUACUGAUAACUCAAGAAAUAAAGACAUGGAAGAACGGGAAGAAACCGCGGAUCAACCCGGGCAGGAUGAAAUGAGAAGCAUUGCGUCUUCAGUAUCACUUCUUGAAGAAUUCGAAAACCGAACGAGAGAGGAAAGCGCGAUAGUCUACGGUCUGUUUAGUGUGCUGUGUCCCAAGCUUGACGAAGAACGCGAGAACUUCGUGUGCGGUAAGAUUGAUGCGAUAUUCACUCACACUGUGCUAAGAUCCGCGACGCAAACUGAUGCGGAAUGUGUUGCUGAAGCUGUGAGGGAACAACUUAGUGCUGAGUCACUGCAUCCAAGCAUGGAUCUUGUUUCAAAGGUGAUCCAGUUGUAUCAAGUGUUACAAAUCAAUCACGCGGUAAUCAUACUGGGUUUGUCUGGCACUGGCAAAACAACAAUCUACAAGACUUUGUGCAAAGCAAUAAACAGUCUCAACACUCAAUCUGCCUCCAGAGUUUCAGAGAAAGGGAAACACGCUGAAACUGAACAACCAAAAUAUCCAAAAAUCAAUCUCACAGUUCUGUUUCCGCGAUCUAUGAGUGAAAGUGAGUUGUUUGGAAGAAUUGAUCCUGUGACGAAUUUCUGGUCGGAUGGCAUCGUCGUAAAAUGUGCUCGAAAUGCACUGGCUGUGAAAAAUGCGUCAGAGAUGUUGUCAUCGAAGGCGACGCAUUCAGCUGCAAGAAGUGAUUAUCACCAGUGGAUCGUGUUGGACGGGCCGUUAGAUCACGGUUGUGUUGAUCAAAUGAAUUUACUGCUUGAUGAUAGUCGAUCGCUGAGUCUGGCUAGCGGGGAGGUAGUGCCCCUUUCAGAAUCCAUGAAUUUCCUUCUCGAAGUCGACGACCUUCAAAAUGCGGCGCCAACAAUUGUCUCCCGAUGUGGUAUUGUGUAUUGCCCUGAUAACACUGUGGGUUGGAAGAGUGUAUUUAAGUCGUGGAUGAAGGAAGCACAUGCAACAUGGAACAUUACCAUUCGAGGUCUUGGUAUAAUUUCUUCCCUAAUGGAUCAUUGUGUCGAAAAAACUCUUACGUUUCUCAGCGGCAACUGCACCCGGAUUUUGUACGCAAACUUUAGCGAUAACCAGAUGUGUUUAAGCAGUGCACGGGGGAUGCACGAGAUCCAACGAAUGCUUGUCAUUCUUUCAUCGCUUUUUGACAAAUACAUCUUGAGAGAUAAUGACGAGACACUUGACAUUUUGGACCAUCUGAAGAGUCAGCAAGAUUCAAGAUCAUCGUCGUCAAGCGAGACAUGCAGUGAAAGAAGUAGCAGCGUACCUGCGCAUGAUGCCAACACGGUUAUCAGCAGUUUUGCGUAUGCUUACAUUUGGGCAUUUGGUGGAGACCUGCAUGAAAGUUGUAUCGAAGCGUUUGACGAAUUUACAAAAGCCUUGUUGUCCAGUGGACCUUAUCCUCACAACGGCUUGCCACCAGUGACUGUCUUUGAUUAUCAUCUCGACUUUCCCAACGGAACGUUGCUGUCUUCGACGGAAAAACUGAGCGGAAAACCUCGUGUUAUUGCUUCAUCAUACGUUGUUAUGCCGAGGGACGAGGUUUACCUUUCUUUACUGGAUAUCCUUCUAUCUGCUAAAAAGUCCGUUCUUUUGGUUGGCCGUCCUGGAUGUGGAAAAUCAUCAUUUAUGCAGAACCUUGUGAAUUCACGCUUUAAGUACCUCCGACUGUCCCUAGCUCAUGGUACGAGCACGCAAUUCUUGCAAGAAACAAUCGAAUCAAAAGUCAAGAGCACAACAAGGCGUCCAUCAGUUGUUAACAAUCUUGCUCUGAGUUCUCAAAACACUCGAAAUGUCUUUUUCUUCGAUGACAUGAACAUGGCUGCAACAGAUGGAACAAGUAACCAGCCUUCCUCAGAGCUCAUACGAAGUUUGAUAUCACUCGGUGGCCUGUAUCACAGACAGAGAUUGUGCUUAAAACCGCUUGCCAACACCUGCCUCGUGGGUGCUGCAGUACCUCCGGGCUAUCCUGGUGUAGGUGGCAGCGUGAGCACUUUCGCGAUAUCUCCACGACUCACACGAAUAAUGAUUGCAUUUUCAUUCCAUGCUUUAUCUACUGCCACGCUUCAGUCCAUUUAUUGCAAUUUGUUUCAAACAUGGCUCGAGGAUUUUCCUGCUUACUCGUUGACGCAUCAUCAUCAGUUGGCAAAGGCCAUAUCCACUUCCACGAUAUCGCUAUUCGAGAAAGUGUCUGAAGAUCUUCGUCCAAGCCCGUUACAUCCGCACUAUAUCUUCACUCAGCACGAUGUGUCUCGAGUGUACCAGGGCAUGAUGCUUCUGUCUUCCAGAACAAAGACACGACCAAGGGUCAGGGCAAAGAAACAAACACCGAUCAUUGAUGCGAAAGAAAAGGCCAGCAAAGAAAUCGCUGAUCUUCACGACUCAAGCUUUAGAGGUCUUGAAAAGAAAAGCGAACAAAACGGGAAUAAGCUUCAUGAAGUGGAAAGCUGGCCAAUGGUUAGAACGAAUAGUACGUUGGUGUCGAUUAAUGCCGAGACCCCAGCUCUCACUACCCCGUUGAUUCGAGUUAUACUCCGCCUCUGGUGUCAUGAAUGCACGAGGGUAUUUUCUGACAGGUUGAUUGGCGAGGACCAGCUGUGGUUCUCGACGACUUUACGCAUUGUUGCUCUGCAGCAUUUCUGUGAGGGAUCAGAAGAUUCGCCUGAGGAAGGUACGGACAUUGUUGUAUUUCAAAGGGUCACACCGAGAACACCGGAAGCAAGCCCUGCAAUCCCAUCGUCAUCAUCCCACAGCGGCGGAGAUCAUGACAAAGAACCUGUUGAUGAUACCAUUCCACACGUUACAGAUGAAGCAACUCAGGAGAAUGUGACACCAACACCUGUGGAUGGCGAGAGUUCUGAUAUUUCGCAUGCACCUGUACUUCCAACGAGUGAAGAUUUGAGAGACUGUAAAAGCGCCGAGUCUGUUCUUGAUGUUUCUCAAACUAAUGAGAGGAAAACUGAGAGUGAGUCCGCAGUAACUGAUGAAAGUUCUAGCGAUGAGUCUGACCUAAUCCCUCAAGAGCCUAAGCCUCGGACUGCGUUAAGUAAACAAAGGGUCGUAACGUUUGAGGACAUGAGCAGGCAACAUUCUUAUCGUGGCCCGUUGAUUACAUCAGAUCAAUUGAUUGAGGCCGACGAAGAUCUCACAAAAAUAAUCUUCUGUCGUCAUUUUACCUCGUCGGUUAAGCCAGGUGCAGCAGAGCAGGAACGAGGAUAUGGCGAGGUGUCUGUUGCGAUGUUGACUGAAGGUCUUAAACAUGCUCAAGAGUUGUAUAACCAACAGGAUGUUUUGCCUCUGGAUCUCGUCUUCUUUGAAAAUGCCGUACGACAUGCAGCAAGGCUUAGUCGAACACUUUGUUUAUCAAGUGGCAAUGCGCUUUUGAUGUCAAAAUCAGGUCAUGGACGAAAAGAUCUUGUUUUACUGAGUUCAUUUGCAGCCGGCUGUAAGCUGGUACAGUUGAGGGAAAACGAUCACGAAGAUUCGAGACAGCGAAUGAAAAGUGCAGUUUUUGUUGCUGGACUUCAAGGCAAACAGGUUCUUGUUUACAUACCGCAAAACAUUGAUCGUGACACAUUGCAAGAUGUCUGUUCAUUGAUGAGCGAAGGCAAUUGUCCUGGACUCUAUUCCACCAACGAGCUCGCCACAGUCUGCAAUGAGUUAAUACCUGGCAGUCUACGCGGGCGACGAAAUGACAGCGUGUACGUCGCACAAGAGCGCUUCUUCCGCCGAGUGCGUACAAACCUCCAUGUUAUUGUAGGUUUGGAAUUCCCCUCAGAUGAACCUUGUAUUGUGUAUAACUCAUCCUUCUCCACGUUUUCCGCGUUUCCUUUGUUGCUAACAAGAACGUGUUCAGUGGAUGUUUUUCAACCAUGGCACAGUGCUUCACUUACGAAAGUCUCCACUCUGAGAUUAGCAAGUAAAGCUUUGGAGCCAGCUGUGCGAGAGAUGGUGAAAGCCUGCGAGAGCUCAUUGGCUGCGACGAUGUCUUACGUUUAUACUUCUGCUGUCGAAAUGCUCGAACAACAGUUCGGUUUUAACAAGUACAAGUGUUACACGCCCAAAACGUUUGUUGAAUUUAAUGAUAUCUUUGUCAAAUGCUGUAAUCUUAUCUGGAAAGAAGAACAGGAUAAAAUUGCAAGAUGUGAAAAAGCGUUGGCAAAGAUUGAAGAAACCAACAGACAAAUCAGCGAAAUGCAAAAAGACCUGGAUAGUUUCAUUCCAAUCCUGAGAACUGCGGAGCAAGAUGUUAAAGAUUGCUUACAAAUGGUGGAAGGUUUGCAAGCAGAUUACGCCGAGGGAAGAGAAAAAUGCAAACAACAAGAAAUUGAAAUUGAAAAAAUGACCGCUCCAAUUGCCGAGUUGGAAAGACUUGCCAAAAUAGAGUUGGAUAGAGUUAGUCCCGUAUUCCGGUCGGCAUAUGAUGCACUCAGAGCUUUAAAUGUCUACGACGUCGAAGAAAUUCGCAGUUACAGAACACCACCAGAACUAGUUGUUCUUGUUGUCAAUGCUGUAUGUUUGCUGUUUGGAAAAGAAGAAACUUGGGAGGAAGGCAAGGUGCUAUUCACCCGCGAAGAUUUUAUUAAAGACCUGGAGUUUUUCAACAUGAAAGCGAUCUCUGAUAAGACCUUCCUGAGAUUGAAAGAAUACGUCCAGGAUCCUCUGUUUGUUCCAGAGACAGUAAAAGAAGGUAGUCAUGCCGCAAUGUCAAUUUGUGUAUGGAUACGAGCUGUGUACCGUUUCUGUGUUGUAUAUCGCGAGUAUUUCCCCAAACAACAGCGAGUUAUCGAGGCCAAAAAAAUUUUAGACGAGGCUGUUGCUUAUCUUGGUGACUUGCGUGUACGUUGUAACGAAAUCAAAGGGGAAGUUGAGUCAAAGAUUCAAGAAUAUAAAGAUAAAGUUCACCACGCAAGGUCAAUUGAAAAACAGAUCCAGAUAACCGAACAAAAGAAAUUGCGUGCGGAGUUGUUAAUCCGCAGCAUGUCAUCUCAUGUUAACUCGUGGCAAGAGAAGCUCGAUGUUUGUCAGUAUCACAUCAAAACCUUGAUUGCUGACGCAUUGUUGACCGCAGCCUGCAUUUGUUACCUCGGACCAAUGGAUGAGGGUAGCCGAGAACAUCUACUUCGCGAAUGGAAGACCAUUUGUGAAGGAAGAGUAGAGGAGGAUGAUGAUGACAAUGAUAGCGAAGGCGAUGAUGUUAUGUCUUUUGCAAGUCAUUCUAAAUCACAUGUGGAUAUUAGAUGCAAGUCCACAAGCCCAACCCUUCCUGCCGGAAUUCAACCUCUUUCACGCAGAAGCAACUUUAAUUUGAAAGACAUUUUAAGCAGUAAAGAGGAACUUUAUUCGUGGAGGUAUUCAGGCUUGCCCGUCACUUCGAGAGCAGUGGACAACGCAUUGAUCAUGCGUGCAGUGUGCGACAUGGCCUCGAGACAUUGGCCGCUUUUGGUUGAUACAGAUAUGCAAAGUUAUGCUUGGGUAAAAUGUUUUGACGAAAACAAGGUUCCCGAAGGUGGAAAUAUUUCAACGGUCACGGAAACAAAUGAUGAGGUAGAAGAAAGUGAUGUUUUAGAAGACGCGCAACUGUUAUCACCUGUUUCUCCAGGUUUCACAACCCCUGGUCAAUCUAAUCGGGACAGUGAUGAAGAAUUCUCCACCAACUAUGACGAAAGCGACUCUACGGUGCUAACCUCAAGUCAAAGCAACCGACGUGCUUCAGCUGGAGCGUGUUCAGGAUUAUUAAUUCGAGAAGAUUUGGCAAGGGAACUCAAUAUAAUGACAUCAACGCCAGAUGACACGUCGUUAGAGUGCGCAUCGAUAGACUUCGAAUUUGAUGCAGAUGAAAUAAUGAUAAUAUCUGCCGUAGAUAGGCAUAGAGACAUCAAAAUCUGCAGAGCCGUGAGCAUUGGAGCUACUGUGCUGUUGAUAGACAUCGAACGGCAGAAGCUCGGAACAAGCCUUCAUAACUUGCUUGCAAGAAAUACAUUCACAGAGAAACAUGGCAAACAAAAGAUACAAAUUGGCGGUCGUUGUGUGGAUUAUCAUCCUGCCUUUCGACUCUACCUGUACACCAACAUUCCGCUUGAAUUAACCACUGAAGAAACGAUUUCUUCUUUGUUUACAAAGUGUCUUGUUAUCAACAUGGCGUUAUGUAGUGAGGGACUGCAGGAACACCUGCUGGCUGAAGUGCUCUCAUUAGAGAGGCCAGAAUACGAUACCGAGAGUCGUGCAUUGGAGGCAAAUAUCUAUCAUCACGAAGAACAAAUCAAGAUGGCAAAGGAUGCCGUUCUUGAAAGAGUGAUAAACAUGAAAGAACGACUUCUUGAGAGCAAUGAAAUAUCCCAGGCUCUUAAACAAUGUGAUGAAGCGUGUAAAACAGCAAGGCAACAACUGGAAGAAACGAAGGCAUUGCUAGAAAUUUCAAAGGAGAAGCAAGAAGAUUAUGCGCACGUUUCUGAGCAUGGUGCUGCUAUUUUGCUAAUCGUUUCCAGACUUUCCAGAUUACACUCUUACUACCAGACACCAUUUCACGUCUCAUUGCGAUUCAUCCACGAGGUUGUUAAUCAGAGAAAAAGAGGGAAACGUUCUUCUGGAUCAUCUUUAGCCCGAUCAGCAGAAUUGAUAACAUACGUAACAAGAGCUAUGUGUUCAAAAAUUGCCAAAUCUGUUUUUUCAGAUCACUACGAUGUAUUCACCUUCAUGAUUGCUGGCGAAAAGAUGCGCCUUGCAGGUCAAGUAUCUGAAGAAGAAAUGAGCCUAUUUUACGACGUGAAGACUGGGAAUGCUGCUGAUGAUGAUCACUCCUCACAACUGUCAGUCGAUGAAGAUAUUCCAGAGUGGAUUGAUUCCGAAGUAUGGAAAGAUGUCGUUUAUCUAGAUACACUGCCGGGAUUUCAAGGAUUAAAAGAAGCGAUCUUAAAUAACAGCGGUUUGUGGAAAGAGUAUUUUGAGCUUCCAACCAUAUUAAUGGCUCCGACGCCGAGUAAUGUACAUCAGUUAUCAGUCUUCCAACGAGCUUUACUUUGGAAAACGUUUAAGAAAGAAAAAUUGAACACGUUAUGCGAAGAUCUUGUUCUGUAUCAACUUGGGACAAAUGCUACAGCAGUAACGUCGUUUUCAAUUGAGAACAUAUACCAGGGAUCCUCGUGUAUCACACCUAUCGUCUUCUACCUGCCACAACCCAUAUACAAACAAGAUUGGAGAAAACAAAAUUUGAAGGAUCCCGUAGAUGAAGUAAUAGCUCUUGCAAAACGUCUCGGGAUAGAUGAUAACUUGCAUGUAAUCAGUCUCUCUGAAAGCCAUCAGACUUCUGCGGCAUCAGACAUUCUCCGUACUGCUUGUCAACGUGGCUCUUGGGUGAUAAUCAUGAACUGCCAUCUUACUCCAAUGUGGCCUCCAGAACUGAUUGAUAUUUUUCACCAAAUAACGUUGAAUGGAAGCAAGGAGCACAUUACAAGUAAACAUGGUUUAUUCGAACCAGAAACGACUCCAUAUACAGUGACCUCGUGUGUUUUCGAGCAAUCACUUAUUAUGCAUCCACAAUUCCGCCUUUGGUUUGUCACGGUGCCAGAGACUAGAAUACCACUCCCCCCGGUUAUCGUACGUUAUGGUAUCAAACUUGCCUGGGAUGAGAAACAGCAGUUUGGGGCGAAUGCUCGUCAAGCAUUUCUUACCAUGUGGAACAAACAUACGCGUUUGGACAAGCCUUUUAAAGAACUACAAGCUGUUGAUGUUCAGGAAGAUCCAAUUUCAAAGUAUUUGGCGCCCUUGGCAGUAUUUCACUCCAUUUUGCACGAGCGUUGUAAAUAUGGGUCUCACGGUUUUAAUGUGCCAUAUCGUUGGACUGAUCAUGAUCUACUCUUGGGAUAUCUUGCGACGUGUUUGUUGAACUCGAGCUUAUUCUGUGCGUGUACUGAUGCUACAACAUGUCAAAAGUCAGUCUUGAUGCAGAACGUCAGUGCCUUAUAUGGUGGUCAAGUACUUGACAUGUUUGACUGCGAGUCCAUCAUCGCUUUGGCUGAGGCACAUUGUGCACUACCAAGUGAAACAACGACAUUUAACCAGUUUGAAACUUUGUUCAGUUCUUCGCCCAUUACAGUUGAUAUGAAAGACAUUGGACUUAACGAAUCCGUAAAAGUGAAGCACGGUAUCCAUCUUAGCAAGCAACUUGCUGCAAACAUUUCUGUUGGAUUUGGAAACAGAACCAGUUCAACACCUCCGCUUAAACAUAUUCCUCAUUUUAAAGAAAUGCUGUCCGUAUUUAAAGAGAUAAAAUCCGAAAUACCUGUGGAUGGAGACAUUGCUGAUGGAACUGUUGUUGAAUCUUCUUUCCAGAUAUAUUUGAAGGAAGAAGCUGAUGAUUAUGCGGCAUUGCUUGAUUCGAUCAUAUCGCAGCUAGACAAAGUAAUCUUAGGGCUUCAAGGCGACAUCAGUUUUACAUCCAGCAUGCGUGAACUGACCAAAGUGCUAUCCAAAGGCAAGGUGCCGCAGUGUUGGUCCCUCCAUUCAAACAUAUCUCUUGCCCUCGCGACCUGGAUUUGUCGUUUGAAGGAGAGAAUUAAAGCCAUUAGCAAGUACAAGCGUUGUGAGGUUAAUACAUCUUUGACACUUGAUAUUGGUGCGUUCCUUAAUAAAAAUUCACUUUUCCAUGCCUUACUAUCUGACUGGUCAAGAACAAGUGGAAUACCUCUGCAUAAGAUGGGAAUUACUUUGAAGUUGGUACAAGACUGUCCUGCAGAAAGUGUAGCAGCAACGGAUGGCGUUCGCAUUGCAGGGUUUUGUCUUCAAAAUGCAUCGUGGAACGAGAAGAAAGAGUGCCUGGAAGAACACCAAACGUCCGGUAAAAACCAAAGAAUACCAACCCUCUUUGUAAUGCCUGGUGAAACAAAUCAAGCUCCCUAUGACACAAGGGGAAGUGACAAUCAACCGUAUAAAUUUUGUUGUCCAAUAUACUUGAAUGAAUAUCUACCCAGUAGAUUUCAACCAGUUAUUCCUCCACCACGCGUUACUCUUUCUUCCAGUUUACCUGCUCAUGUUUGCCGACAACGGCAGGUCUUUUUAACUAGUUCAAGUAUUUAAGAAUCUUGUUAACAUAUCUCUUGUGAAUGUUGUAACUAAGAAAAAACAUUAAUAUAUUGUUGACAUUGUGUACAUUAAAGUAUUUAUUUAAGAUAUCGUAAGAGCAGGAUUUUUGUUAUAAAAUGAUUUUGUUACAAAAUUGUAUUUAAUUUGGUGUGAUAUGUUCUUGCGUUAACACGACAGGUUUUUGGAAAGAUU